UCGAGCCUCUGAUGUUCUGAAGGAAAGAGUGCGAGCAAAUAUGAUUCAAAUUACGAAAGGGAUGGUGACUGAUGGCUUCAAGAGAGCGGUAACUGGGACAAAUAAUUAACUGCUGACGUUAUAGCGGCUUGGAUCCCUUCUCGGUCAAGGAUUCUGCGAAGCGACCAUGUUCUUCACCCAAGUCCUGCUGUUGCUCUGGAAGAACUUCAUCCUCCACUUCCGGAAGCCGCUGAUGACCUUCCUGGAAUGUCUCCUGCCGACUCUCUUCGCCUUCGUCAUCCUCACGCUGCGUUUCACCUCGGAGAAGGAGACCAAGGCGGCCAUAGACUACCCGGUCAUGCCCGAGAGAGGGCGGCUCUCUGUUCUCGGCUUUCUGCCGGAGAGUCCGGCAACGACUGACGUCAUCCGGAGAGCGCUGGACAUACACUACGAGGGCAGGACGCCACCUGGCAUGUACCGCGGGUUCGCCGUGGAGAAAGAGGCUGUGGCGUAUUUCGAGGAGAACUCGGACACCAUGACUUACAUCAUCAAGUUCCUCGACAUUCAGGAAACAGACCAAACGCUGCCCAAACACGCUCGCUAUCUGAUCAGACCGUACCGGAAAAUUAACCAGAUCUGGCACACUGGCGACGUGUUCCCGUUUGAGAAGCUGCAAAUUCCUCGGAACGAUAUGGGAGUCGAUGAAGCUGAUGGGCAUGGGUCUGCCGGCCUACUGGCUGUCCUGGUUCCUCACCUGUUUCUUCUGCCUGAUGCCCUCGCUCAUCCUGUACACCGUGAUUCUCGGCGUGGACGUGAGCGGCAAGGGUUCGGUUCUCCCCCACAGUGACCCGAGCAUCGUGUUCGUGCAGCUGUUGUGCUACAGCCUGGCUCUCAUCUCCUUCACCUUCAUGAUCAGCUGUUUCGUGCAGAAAGGCAACGACGGGGCAAUCGCCGCUGGCCUCCUGUUCCUGAUCGAGUACGUGCCCUACGAGAUCCUCAGCCCCAAGUACAAAGCUCUCUCCUGGAACAAGAAAAUGGCGUCCUGCUUGCUCUUCAACGUGGCUCUGGGACUCACCAACUUCAACAUAGUGAGACGAGAAGCCAUCGGCGAGGGUAUACAGUGGGACAACGUGAACGAGCCGCUGGAGCCCGGUGACAUCACUAUCGUGGAGAUCCUCGUCAUGCUUCUGGUGGACACCGUACUUCACCUCCUGGUCACGUGGUACCUAGACAACGUGUUCCCGGGCGAGUACGGCGUGCCCAAACCGCCCCACUUCUUCCUUAUGGAAUUCGCAGACAAGGUGUCAGUGGCCAACUUGACCUUGAACAUGUAUAAAGGUCAGAUCACAGUUCUUCUGGGGCACAACGGGGCGGGGAAGACCACCACCAUGUCUAUGUUAACAGCUCAAAGGCUAUCGGUCUGCCACUCUACACGCGGAGAUACGGGAGAUGCUGGGAGAGGUGGGCCUGAAGAAGAACAGCUCCCUGCCCGUGUCCAAGAUGUCUGGUGGUCAAAAACGGAGUCUGUCUGUUGGGAUUGCCCUGAUGGGCGACUCUAAGGUGGUGUUCCUGGACGAGCCGUCUAGUGGCAUGGACCCCUCCACCCGGCGCCACACCUGGGACUUGCUCAAGAACAGACGCAGGGACAGAACCCUGGUCCUCAGCACACACUACAUGGACGAGGCGGACGCGCUGGGAGACAGGAUAGCCAUCAUGGCCAACGGAGAGCUGCUGUGCUGCGGCACCUCUAUGUUCCUCAAAAAGCUCUAUGGAGCCGGGUACCACCUGGUGAUAGAGUGUGUGCCGAGGUGUGACGUAGUGCGGCUCACUCUCACCAUCGUCUCCUUCAUCUCCUCCGCACAGCUGGAGUCGGUGGUCCGUACUGAGGUGUCCUAUCUCCUGCCUGACACCACCUGUGCCCAAUCCGAAAAGAGAGACCCUGACACUAUGAGAACAGAUCUCUACAACACCGCAGGCAGUUACCAAGGAGCGCCAUCCGUCACACCUCUGUACCGUCACCGAUCUGCUGAGUACAAGACCGACCCUAGACGCUACAGCGGGCCCCGACUAUGGAUGGCACAGUUCAAAGCCCUGUUCGUGAAGCGAACCAUCAUCACUACACGACACUGGGCUACCACGCUACUCACCUACACCCUCCCGGCAAUCUUCCUGCUCAUCUACAUCUUCAUCGACACCGCUGUGGUGAAGGAUACCGACAAGGUGGAGCCGAGCCUGUUGUACGACCUUGACAUGUACGGCCACACCCGAGUCCUGUACAUAGAGGGGGCCGGGACUGGCCUGCUGGGGGACACCUACAGGGAUCUGGUUAACCGGAAUCACGUCACGGAGGAGUUUCCGGAUGUACCGACAGACCUGGUCCUGAACACGUUCGUCCGCGUCCACCUGGGCCCCUCCUACCACAUCACCACGGGCAACCACCCGCUGCCCAAAAAGGGCGACUCGGAGCUGGCCAUCCUGGUGUUUGAGAGUCUCCGGUCCAGCUUCUUCGUGGGACUCUUCAUCGGGAUCGGGAUGGCGCUCUACGCCUCGCUCGUCGUGCAUUACCUGCUCAGAGAGAGGGAGACUGGCGUGAAACACAUGCACGCGCUGUUCGGCGUGAGCAUGCUCAUGUACUGGCUGCCCACCUUCCUGUGGGAUGCGCUGAGCUUCGUGGUGCCCACCAUCCUGCUCUUCCUCGUAUUCUCCUUCUUCGACAAGCGCGAGUUCUUGGACGACAAGAACUGGCUGCUCAUCCUCCUGGUCAUCUCCUGCUACGUGUGGUCCAUGCUGCCCGCCACCUACGCCGUGCACUUCCUCUUUGACACGCCCUCUAGCGGCUUGGUGGGCGUGGUCAUCAUGAACUUGUUUGCACUUCUACUCAGCGACAUCCUGGUCUUCGAGUUCCAGAAGCCACAGUCCACCAACAAAAGUUUCGGCAAGAUCUUCGACUGGGUCUUCUCGGCCUUCAUCCCGUCCUUCAACCUGUCCCAGUGCUUCGGCUUCAUCCUGCGUAACCACAACACGCACAAGCUGUGUCAGCCGUUACAGCCGGACUGUGAGCGGGGCAUCGAGUCACUGUGUUGUGUGGACCAUCCGGAGAUCUGCAAGUCGCCAGUGCCCGACUCCCAGUGUUUCGAGUGGUCCACGACGUACACCGAGUGGGACAAGGACAAAGGUAUCGGCACCUACCUCCUGUUCAUGAUCGUCCAGGGGCUGCUCGGCUUCCUCAUCAUCUUCGUGGUGGAGUUCGGGACUUUCCGGAAGAUUGGCCAGUGCUGCGUGAAGUGCCGGCCUUUGUCCCUGCAGGGCGGGAAACCCAGGCAGAGCGUGGACGAGGAGGACGUGCUGAGAGAGAGGACCCAGAUCCUGAACUCUGACUCUGCAGCGCUCUCCGAGACCAUGCCUCUCCUGAUGGUGAACUUACACAAGAAGUACGGGAACACUGAGGCAGUUGACCACAUUUGUGCCGGAGUCCCCUAUGGCGAAUGUUUCGGCCUGCUGGGUCAGAGCGGGGCGGGGAAGACAACUGUGUUCCGGAUGUUGACAGGGGAAACAAACGUCACAUCUGGGAAUGCGUAUUUGAAAGGCUACAGCGUUCGCACCAAUCUCAAGAUGGCCCAGAGCCACAUCGGCUACUGCCCGCAGUUCGACGCCCACAUCUGUGAGAUGACGGGUCAGGAAACACUGACCAUGUACGCCCGUCUCCGGGGCAUCCACGCGGGGAGCAUUCCGUCCCUGGUGGACAACCUGAUAGAGAGGGUGCUGCUGGGACCGCACGCCAACAGAGUCUGUGGGACCUACAGUGGGGGUAACAAACGGAAACUGAGCCUGGCCAUGGCGCUGGUGGGUGAUCCCCCCUUCCUGUUCCUGGACGAGCCGUCCUCCGGCAUGGACCCCAAGGCUCGGCGUCAGAUAUGGAACGUGCUCUCCGACAUACGGGCCAGUGGACGCACCAUCGUCCUCACUUCCCAUAGCAUGGAGGAGUGUGACGCGCUGUGUACCCGGCUCGCCAUCAUGCUAAAGGGCGGCUUCAUGUGCAUGGGCAGCCCCCAGCACCUCAAGAGCAAGUACGGCCAGGGCUACACUGUCAUCGUCAAAAUGGGCUGUGAUGAGAAGGGGCAGACCACACCUGGGCAGACUGUCGUGGAGUUUAUACAGAAGUCUAUACCGGACACCACGGUCGCCGACGUGUUCUCCGUGAUGGAGACGUGUAAGCUUGAGCUGGGCCUGGAGGACUACUCUGUCCACGAGACCUCCCUGGAACAGAUCUUCCUCACCUUCACCAAGCUCCAGGACAUGGAGGAGGAGGAUGGGCCGGAGUCGUGUUGGUUCCUACAGGCGGGGUUCUUUGACGACAAGCUGCUCUGUUUCUGAUGCAUCUACAUUCAUAGAACAUGAAUUAUCAUGAGCCUAAGAGCGGAGAAAUAAGAAAUGAGGACCGUGUUUGCCGAUGACUGCUUCAGAUCUGCCACUUCAUGAUGAUAGCAGUGCAUUAUCAUGCGUGCCAUGUAUGUUUUACAGAUAUGUUUAUAUAAAAAUGUGUUUGGAUGUGUAUUUUUGCGU